AUGGAGGGCGCGGCAGCGGCACAGGCCUUUCUGAGCAACGCCGGGUGCCUGCUGAGCAAGGAGUACCAGCACCUCCGCGGCGUCGGCGGCCAGGUAGCCGAGCUGCGGGACGAGCUGGACGCCAUGAACGCGCUCCUCGUCAUGCAGUCCGAGGCGGACGACGGCGCCGUGGACCGCUUCCUGCAGGUGUGCAUGAAGCAGCUGCGCGAGGUCGCCUGCGACGCCAAGGACUGCAUCAACCUCUACACCCUGCGCAUCGAGUCCCGCCGCACCGACGGCGCGCGCGCCUGGCUGGGACGCCUUCUCGGGACGCUCCGGUCUCGCCGCCGCCUCGCAUGCGAGAUCGGCGCCAUCCGCGCCCGCGCCGUCGCCAUCAGCGAGCGCCAGGCGCGGUUCGGCAUCAACCGGGACGCGCUGCGGCGGUUCGCUCCUCUGCUACCUGGGGUCCCUGUAUCGGCGGCGUCAUCGUCCACUCCUGCUAGCAACGCCGACGACCACCGCCGGCUGGUCGGCAUUUAG